AUAAAAGGGAAUAACCCGAAACCGCCAGCAUAAGAAGUCCCAUUGCCUUCGACCCGCGCCUCUCUUCUCCAUCGAAAUCACUAAUAGCUUCGCUCUGCUCUAAUGGACACGCUUCAGGCGACUUACCCAGAUUAUCAAUCUGAGGCGGGGCCUCCACCUGAAUCUCUUCCCCAACAUUCACCCCAGAGCUAUCCUGAAUCGUACGCUCAGAUCUCCUCUCAAACCCUAGACCAGUCCCAGCCGACCCCCAUCACCGAAUGUCCUCAGGAUCAAAAUAUGCCUGGAAAACCCCUAGAUUCGGAUAACCAGGACACUCAGCAGGUCUCCGAGCAGAAACCGCCGGAGGAUAGCGCUCAGAAGCUCGUGGUGCAGAAACACUUUCUGUCCGAGAACGGGGUGACUAAUACUCACAGUGGCACUGAUAAGGACCAGUCUGGCGGGGAAGAGGAGACUACAAGCAGGAGGCGGCGAAGGAGUAGGUGGGAUCCCCCGCCUGGCGAGUCUAGCAACGAUGGCACGGCUACUGGGGGUGAUGGGAGUGGGACGGGGACUGGAACUGGACGAAAACGAAAGUCACGCUGGGCGGAUGACGAGCCCAAGCCACUGAUUCAGCUGCCGGAUUUUAUGAAGGAUUUCGCCGGAGGUAUUGAAUUCGACCCGGAAAUUCAGGUUUUGAAUAGCAGGUUAGUUGAGAUUACUAGAAAAUUGCAAUCAGGAUUGCCUCUAGACGAUAGGCCAGAUGGCGCACGCUCACCCUCCCCUGAACCAAUCUAUGAUAACAUGGGAAUUAGAAUAAACACUAGGGAAUACCGUGCAAGAGAGAAAUUGAACAGGGAAAGACAAGAGAUUAUUUCACAGAUGAUAAAGAAAAAUCCAGCCUUUAAGCCUCCUGCUGAUUACAGACCUCCUAAACUCCAUAAGAAGCUUUACAUACCUGUCAAGGAAUACCCUGGUUAUAACUUCAUCGGUCUUAUCAUUGGACCAAGAGGGAAUACUCAAAAAAGGAUGGAAAAGGAGACAGGAGCCAAAAUCGUGAUCCGUGGAAAAGGUUCAAUGAAAGAAGGCCGAUUGCAGCAAAAAAGAGACAUGAAGCCCGACCCUUCUGAGAAUGAGGAUUUACAUGUAUUGGUGGAAGCUGAUACCCAAGAAUCACUGGAGGCUGCUGCGGACAUGGUCGAAAAGCUCUUGCAGCCCGUUGACGAAGUCCUUAAUGAGCACAAGAGGCAACAACUAAGGGAACUUGCUGCAUUGAAUGGAACUAUUAGGGAUGAAGAAUUUUGUAGAUUAUGCGGUGAACCUGGCCAUAGACAAUAUGCUUGUCCUUCCCGUACUUCCACCUUUAAGAGUGACGUGUUGUGUAGUAAGUGUGGUGAUGGGGGCCAUCCCACUAUAGAUUGUCCUAUGAAAAAUACAACAGGCAAGAAAAUGGAUGAUGAGUAUCAAAACUUUCUGGCAGAGUUGGGUGGGACAAUGCCCGAGUCAUCAACUAAGCAAAUUUCUGGGACACUUGCUCUUGGCAAUGGUGUAGGUUCAGGUACGAAUCCUCCUUGGGCUUCCACCAGUAGCAGCAUUGGUAGUGGGGUGGUCAGCUCGUCACAUCCAGGUUUAGGGUCAACUGUGAUCAAACCUAAGGAAUAUGAUGAGACAAAUUUGUAUAUUGGGUACCUGCCACCUACCCUGGACGAUGAUGUUUUGAUCAACAUGUUCUCUCCUUUUGGCACUAUUGUAAUGGCCAAGGUAAUUAAGGACCGUGUUACUGGCCAGUCUAAGGGUUAUGGUUUUGUGAAGUAUGAAGAUGUUCAGCAGGCUAAUAAUGCUAUUGCUAGUAUGAAUGGUCACCAUCUUGAUGGUAGAACGAUUGCUGUUAGGGUUGCCGGUAAGCCACCUCAGCCUACAUUGCCUCCUGGCCCCCCUGCCCCGCCAAUGCCUACGUACCCUCCCACCAAUCAACCUGUGGGUGCCUACCCUUCACAGCAGUAUGCCACAGGUGGACCUAUGGGGAGUCCUGCAGUUCCGUGGGGACCACCUCCUCCUCCUUAUCCCCACUACCAGUUUCCUCCUCUGCCUCCUGGUUCAUCCGUUUAUGCUCCAGUUCCGCCACCUCCUUAUGGAAUGAUGCAGUUUCAUCCUCCAUUGCCUACUAGUACAACUACUUCAGGUGCCUCUACCCAAACUGUCCCUUCUAGCGAAGCACAACAAAGUUACAGCAGUAGUUACCCCCCUGGGGUUCAGUCUCAGGCUAGUGCACCAGCUCCAGCUCAGCCUGCGGCCACAUAUGCCCCUCCGUUGCCUUUAUACAGCUAUCCGCCUUACUAUAAUGUUGCUCCCCCGCCCCCGCCCCCAUCCGCUCCCGCUCCUUGGGCCCCAAACCCUCCAGCACCCGCUCCCAUGCCAACUUCAGACAAGUCUUCAUAUGGUGCAGAUGCAGAAUAUGAAAAAUUUAUGACAGAGAUGAAAUAAGGUGUAUGGCUACCAUUGUAAGGAUGAUUUCUUGGAGCACAAUUCUCACCAUUUCUUACCUCUUGCCAUCAAUUUUCUUGUUGGAAGUUUCGGACUCACAUCUUUAACCUUGCUGUGUACUGUUAUGACAUUUGCAGAGAGAUGAGCUGAAGUGUUCUCUCCUUUCCGAUUCUCAUUGACGAUUUGUCGAUUCCAUUUUGGGGGAUUUCAUUAUAAUAUUGGUUGCUACUUCUGUUUGGUUUUGUGUUUGGUUGUGUUGUUUUUUGCUUCACGUCAUCUUAUUUCUUCCGUUCAGUAAUCUGUGGUUGAUGUUUGUUGUGUUACUAAAUUAACUGACAUUUUGACUGUUUUGUUUGUCCCUGACAAUUUUGCUUUCUAUUUCAAUUUUACUUUUCUAACUCACCUGCCUUUGUCAGUUUGUUGCAUAUAGAAGUGUGAAAUUCGGAAAGAAGCACGGUUCUUGCGUCAACCUACAUGUCUUUCAUACAAGAUGAUAAAAUCUUGAUAUGUGAAGUUCUUGGGGGUAUCUAAAUAUGAUAAGUAUACUAGAUUCAUGUCUUUUGUAAUAUAUUAGCUUCUUUAUUUAUUAUACUGUUUUAUACCAUACAGCUAGUAGCAGCAAAAGGAUGCAUAUAGUAUAACUAAUGUAAGACAUGAAUCUACUUAAAAUAAUUUAUGCCACCGUGACUGUAAGGGGAGAGUUGGGAUGAGGGUAAGUAAUUGCAAAGGAAAUUAAUUGUUUUUUUUUUAUAUCUCAUUUGACCAUGGAAAGUGAGUAGUUAGCUAAUGUAAAGGGAUUAUUUUGCUCUUGGAGUACAAAAUUGGUUUUCAUGGGGGAUUGGGGGGGGGGGGGGUAGAUUCUACUACUGAGAGUGAAAGUAAUUCCUAUUGAAAGCACCAAAGGCAUCCUUAAUGUCAUCAGUUGUCUACGGGUCUGGUUGCUCAUUAGUUAUUAUGUGAUCUUGAAAUUAUCUGUACUUCUUUUUGCCCGACUUGAUGGACUCUUCUAGUAUAGAGUUAUCUUGAUUUAGUGAGCGGGUUAUUGUUGUUAGAUUUUGGGUCCCUAGCAAUAAUUAAGGACACGUUAUGGGGGGAUGUGUGUUUUGGUAUAAAGAACAUGAAUCUAAUAAUUUGUUUCAAUGGUGGUCCGAGCCUCCGAGGCAUUGAUAUACAUGUUAACCAUGUCAUGAAACUCCAUGAAUCAUGUUGUGCAGGAGGUGAGUAGUGGCUUGUUCACAUAUAGUACCAUUUUUGUUUUCUUGUAAAUACACAAGGCAGUCUUUUGAAGUUGAUGAUAUAUAGGAAUGUAUCCUGCAGGUGAUCUUGGGUGCCUCUAUGUGUGGAACAUUUGAUUGACUGUUCACAAUGGAAUACUUUGCACCGGUUGAUGGUGGAAAGAUUUUCUUCCCAUUUCAUCAUUGUUAUUCUGUUAUGAACUUAUGAUGUUAUCUUAUUUUCAUGUCCCUAUUCUGGCCAAGUUGAGACCUGAGACUGGAUAUGAAUUGGUUAAAUAUGUGGUCGUUUUUUAAAUUUGAAUGUAGACAAUAGACAUUAGAACAUUUGUUAGCU